GUGUCCGGACUGGAAGGGGGGGAAAGUGUCCGGACUGGAAGGGGGGGAAAGUGUCCGGACUGGAAGGGGGUGAAAGUGUCCGGACUGGAAGGGGUGAAAGUGUCCAAACUGGAAGGGGGGGUGAAAGUGUCCGGACUAAAAGGGGGUGAAAGUGUCCGGACUGGAAGUGGGUGAAAGUGUCCGGACUGGAAGGGGGUGAGAGUGUCCGGACUGGAAGGGGGUGAGAGUGUCCGGACUGGAAGGGGGGGAAAGUGUCCGGACUGGAAGGGGGGGAAAGUGUCCGGACUGGAAGUGGGUGAAAGUGUCCGGACU